AUGACUCAAGCGAAAGCCCAUGAGUUAGCGGUAGAGCAGACAGUAAACGUUUGCAGGCUGAACAGUCGUUCAGAGCUAGCAAACUCUAUUUUAGCAUCGACCACAUUUACAGAUUCAAAAGAUGUAGUCGCGAAAAUGAUUGUAGAACACAAUAAUGAAGUCAAAGAGCGGCAGGUGUUAUCUUUUAGGUCACGGGCAAAUAGACCAAAUAGUUUUCGAGGAGGAUUUAGAGGGCACAACAACUAUGGCUAUCACAAAAAUAGUUUCAGAUUUAAUAACGGCAAUACAAAUAGGCACAAUAAUGGCAAUAACACAAGGCACAGUAGUCAAAAUAAUUACAAUAGAAGUAACAAUUUUAACAAUAAACAAAAUAGCUACAGAAAUGGCACUAGCAAUCGUUCAGCAAGCAACAGGAACAACUCUUCUCGUUCAAAUUCUAGAAAUACUUCUAAUGUUCGAUUUUUAAACGCCGAUUCCCCUCAGGAGCGAACACUGGGGGAGCAGGAGCUAAGCAAUUAA